GAACUUGUCUAAACUCUUUUCAUUUUAUUUUGUGUCUCUCUAUGACAUCUUUGGUUUCAAAGUUUGAGACAUGGGGACAGUUCCAGUUUCUGUGUUUAUUGUUGCCGUGUUUGUUUCAGUUGUAAUGCGAAGGUUAAGCUUUGGGGCAGCAAUUCCAAGUACAGUUGAUGGACCAUUCAAGCCGGUGACAGUCCCCUUAGACAAGAGUUUCAGAGGGCAUGCUGUGGACUUGCCUGACAAUGAUCCUCGUGUUCAAAGGAUUGUUACAGGUUGGGAGCCUGAACAAAUCUUUGUCUCUCUUUCAUCAACCCAUGAUUAUGUCUGGAUUUCUUGGAUUACAGGGGAAUUUCAAAUAGGAGAAAAUAUAAAAGAAAUGGAUCCAAAAACAGUGGGAAGUGUUGUAAAAUAUGGGAGUAGCAGUGAUCAACGAGUAUGGAGAGUGCCUGGAGAUUCAUUAGUUUAUAGCCAACUUUAUCCAUUUAAAGGCCUCCAAAAUUAUACCUCUGGAAUUAUUCACCAUGUUCGCCUCACUGGUUUAAAACCCAACACCUUAUAUUACUAUCAAUGUGGAGACCCUUCAAUCCCAGCAAUGAGCGAUGUUCAUUAUUUCCGAACAAUGCCGGCCUCCGGUCCAAGGAGUUAUCCGGGAAGAAUUGCAAUCAUCGGAGACUUGGGGCUCACGUAUAACACAACUUCAACAAUUGAUCACCUUAUGAGCAAUCACCCGAACCUGGUGCUGUUAAUCGGCGAUGCAAGCUAUGCCAACUUGUAUCUCACCAAUGGCACCGGUGCCGAUUGCUACUCUUGCGCUUUCUCCGAUACUCCUAUUCACGAAACGUAUCAGCCUCGUUGUGACUAUUGGGGAAGGUUUAUGCAGCCUUUGGUGUCUAAGGUUCCCUUGAUGAUGAUAGAAGGGAACCAUGAAAUAGAAGAACAGAUUGAGAAGAAGACAUUUGCGGCUUAUAGUGCUCGAUUCGCAUUUCCAUCGGAGGAGAGCGGAUCAUCGUCGACAUUCUAUUAUUCUUUUAAUGCAGGCGGCAUUCAUUUCGUGAUGCUCGGUGGCUACGCUGACUAUAACAAAUCAGGGGAUCAAUACCAGUGGUUGAAGAAGGACCUUGCAAAAGUUGAUAGAAAAGUGACUUCAUGGUUGGUUGCAACAUGGCAUCCUCCAUGGUACAGUACAUAUACUGCACAUUAUAGAGAAGCUGAAUGUAUGAGGGUAGCAGUGGAAGAUUUAUUAUACAAAUACGGAGUUGAUAUAGUCUUCAAUGGACAUGUUCAUGCCUACGAGAGGUCGAACCGAGUGUAUAACUACAACUUGGAUCCUUGCGGUCCUGUUCAUAUUACGAUUGGUGAUGGUGGCAACCGAGAGAAAAUGGCGAUUACACAUGCUGAUGAACCCGGAAAUUGCCCCAAACCAUCGACAACUCCGGAUAAAUUUAUGGGUGGGUUCUGUGCAUUUAACUUCACAUCAGGGCCGGCAAGUGGUAAAUUCUGCUGGGAUAGGCAGCCUGAUUAUAGUGCAUAUAGAGAAAGCAGCUUUGGACAUGGAAUCCUCAAGGUGAAAAAUGAGACUCAUGCACUGUGGAUAUGGUACCGCAAUCAAGAUGCUUAUGGGACCACUGGUGAUGUGGUUUAUAUAGUUAGGCAACCUGAUAGAUGCCCUGUUGAACCCGACGUAAUUAAAGUAAACUCCAAAGCUUAA